AUGUUAAUAUUAUUAACAGUUAAUGAUUUAUUAUAUGGAAUUGAUUUACGUUCAUUUGAUAAAGAAGAUUUAAAUGAAACAAAUAGAAAAAUUCCUGAAAUAAUACAUCAAAUGUGGAAAACAACUGAUUUAUCAACAUAUCCAAUAAAUAAUUCUCAUAAUAAAUGGAAAUUAUUUUAUCCAAAUUAUAAAUUUAUUUUAUGGACAGAUAAACAAAUUGAAGAAUUAAUUUUAAAAAAUGAUUAUAAAUAUUUAUAUUCAAUCUAUAAAUCUUAUUUUUAUUCAAUUCAACGUGCUGAUUUAGCUCGAUUAAUAAUUCUUCAUUCAUAUGGAGGAAUUUAUGCUGAUUUAGAUGUUUAUCCACAAGAUACAAAUCUUGAUAAACUUAUUUUAAAAAAUGCAUCUUUUAUUAUUGGACGAUCAUCAACUGAUAUUUGUUUAGUUAAUCAUUUUUUAAUCAGUGAAAAACAUUCAAAUAUUCUUAAUUCUAUUCUUCGAAAAAUAUUUCAAAAAUCCUUUUUUAAUCAGAUAUAUAUUCUUCCAUAUUUAGAAGUUUUUUCAACAGGAUCAAUUUUUUUAACAAAUAUUAUUCGAAAUAGUAUUUAUUUUAAAAGUUUAAAAGAAAAUUCCAAAUUAAUUAUUUUAUCUCAUAAUCAAUUAUCAAAUUAUAUAUUUCAUGAUGCUGGAAGAUCAUGGCAUUUAUUUGAUGGAUAUUUAAUUAAUCAAAUUGAUGCUCAUCCAAAAAUAUUUUUUUCUUUUUUAACUAUUUUUAUUCUUUUCAUUUUUUGUUUUAUAAGAUUUAACAAAUUUUGUAAAAUAAAAUACAGAUUCAAAUAA